UCAAUCAAUAGUCACAGGUGUGGGUGAAACCACCUAGUAAAGAGUUUAGAGAGAGACAAAACAGAAAAAGAGGCAGAUGAUGACUUGAUGCUUCUUGUUAAGGUGAGUGAAAUUUAAACCUUAAACUAUAAUUGUUGUCUGUUUUGAGUCUUCAAUCAGCUUUUAGCGUCAGAUCUUUCUUUGUUUUGGUUUGUCUUGUCAAUGUUAUGAUCUGUGAGUCCAAGAUCUAAAGGUUUUGUGCUUUACAAUUUUGUUACCUGGGUUCAUUUUGUUGUAGUUAUAGUUGCUAAAUUUAGUUAAGGGUAGCCAGUUUAGGGAUCAGAAACAAUGUUGGGUCGGUCUCCUCUGUCAAGAACUGGAAGUUUUCGGCCUGAAAAUUUAGGUCCAAAUGCACUUGCAAUGAUAGGCAACCUUUGCUUUACCAUGUUUGUGUUAGGAGUUUUAAUCUUUACUAUCAUUGCUGCCACUUAUGAACCUGAGGACCCACUUUUUCACCCUUCAACGAAGAUCACCACAUUCUUAACAUCAACUUCAAAUGCCACUUUUAAAUCUGAUGACACUGUUGUUAAAACUGGUGAGGAUUUCAUGAGGCCCAACCAAACUAUGGUUUCCACAUUUAUUAAUAUAACUGAUAUUGAGAAUGAAAACUCGGACAAUGGUUUCCCGGCUGAGACUGGGAGUAAUUGCGAGGGUAAUGCAGAUAGUCCAAUUGAUUGUACUGACCCAGAAGUGUUUCAUUUAUUGAUGAGAAAAGCUAUUGAUCAUUUUAAGGAUAUACAUUUUUACCGGUUUGGGAAGGCUGUUCGUGGGGAUAAGGAUAAUAAUUGUGAUAUGGCAUGGCGGUUCAGGCCCAAGGAAGGGAAGACAGCUGCAUUUUAUAAAGAUUAUAGGCGGUUUGUGAUUGCUAGGGAGAAUUGUACUCUUACUGUGGUGAGUAUUGGGGAUUAUCAUUCAGGUGUUAAUGCUAGGAAGAAGAAGAAGAAGAAGCUUGGGUUUGAGAAGGCACCAACAAAGGAAACCCCUGGCUUAUUAGUUGUUGGGGAAGGUGUUAAUGAUACACUACCAGUGGUUGAAUCAGAGAAAUCAUUUAGUCAUGGAAAGUACUUGAUAUACAUGGAUGGUGGGGAUAGGUGCAGGAGCAUGAAUCAUUACUUAUGGAGUUUCUUAUGUGCUUUGGGUGAAGCACAGUAUUUGAACCGAACGUUAGUUAUGGAUUUGAGUAUUUGUUUGAAUUCUAUGUAUACUUCGUCAAAUCAAGAUGAGGAAGGGAAAGACUUCAGAUUCUACUUUGAUUUCCAGCAUUUGAAGGAGGCUGCAUCUGUGUUGGACAAGGAUCAGUUUUGGUCAGACUGGAAUCAGUGGCACAGGAAAAAUAGCUUGAGUCUUUACCUUGUGGAGAAGGUUCGGGUCACACCGAUGAAGCUUUCUGAGGUGAAGGAUACGUUGAUAAUGAGAAAAUUUGGAUCUGUUGAACCAGAUAAUUACUGGUACCGGGUAUGUGAAGGAGAGACAGAAUCUAUUGUUCAGAGGCCAUGGCAUCUGCUUUGGAAAUCAAGAAGGUUGAUGGAUAUAGUGUCUGCAAUUGCUUCAAGGUUGAACUGGGAUUAUGAUUCAGUUCACAUACAGAGAGGGGAAAAGGCCAGGAAUAAGGAGCUCUGGCCUAACCUUGCAAUGGAUACUUCACCAGAUGCACUUCUCUCAACCUUAGCGGACAAGAUUGAAGAUGGAAGGAAUCUUUAUAUUGCAACAAAUGAACCUGAUACAUCCUUCUUUGACCCAUUGAAAGACAAGUAUACCACCCAUUUUCUUGAUGAGUACAAGGAUCUUUGGGAUGAGAACAGUGAGUGGUAUUCUGAGACAGCAAAGCUCAACAAAGGCAUUGCUGUUGAAUUUGAUGGCUACAUGAGGGCGUCUGUUGAUACGGAGGUAUUCUUGAGAGGGAAAAAACAGAUAGAAACUUUCAAUGAUCUCACCAAUGACUGCAAGGAUGGUAUUAAUACCUGCAAUGCUGCAUCCAGUUAAUCCUUGCCCAUCAAGUUUUCAAAUCUUUUGUGUUUCUACAUUGGGUUGUAUUCACUUGUACUUCUAGUUAUUGUCUUGAACUGCAAUCUAUAUUAAGUAGUUUUGAUAUUGAGUAA